GCCCGCGCGCGCGUUUGUCUCAGGGCUCCGGCACCGGCGCGGCGAUGGCUGCAAGCUCUCUCCUGUCCACUUUGGCCGCUCGGCUGCUGAGGCCGACGCACAGCUGCUAUCUUCGCCGUCGCCCUUUCCAUCUCUCCACAGCUCGAAAUGAAGCUGUAGUCAUUUCUGGAAGGAAACUGGCCCAGCAGAUCAAACAGGAGGUGCGGCAGGAGGUGGAAGAGUGGGUGGCCGCAGGCAACAAGCGGCCACACCUAAGCGUGGUACUGGUUGGCGAGAAUCCUGCAAGUCACUCGUAUGUUCUCAACAAAACCAGGGCGGCUGCAGAUGUGGGAAUCAACAGCGAGACCAUUGUGAAACCAGCUUCAAUUUCAGAGGAAGAGCUGUUGAAUUUGAUCAAUAAGCUCAAUAAUGAUGAAAAUGUAGAUGGCCUCCUUGUUCAGCUGCCUCUCCCAGAGCAUAUUGAUGAGAGGAGGAUCUGCAAUGCUGUUUCUCCAGACAAGGACGUUGAUGGCUUUCAUGUAAUUAAUGUGGGGCGAAUGUGUUUGGACCAGUAUUCCAUGUUGCCAGCUACCCCAUGGGGUGUAUGGGAAAUAAUUAAGCGAACUGGCAUUCCCACCCUAGGAAAGAAUGUGGUGGUGGCUGGAAGGUCAAAAAAUGUUGGAAUGCCCAUUGCAAUGUUACUGCACACAGACGGGGCGCACGAACGUCCUGGAGGCGAUGCCACUGUUACAAUAUCACAUCGCUACACUCCUAAAGAACAACUGAAGAAGCACACAAUUCUUGCAGAUAUUGUAGUAUCUGCCGCAGGUAUUCCGAAUCUGAUCACAGCAGAUAUGAUCAAGGAGGGAGCAGCAGUCAUCGAUGUAGGAAUAAACAGAAUUCAAGAUCCUAUCACGUCUAAGCCCAAGUUGGUUGGAGAUGUGGAUUUUGAAGAAGUCAAGAAGAAAGCCAGUUACAUCACUCCAGUCCCUGGGGGCGUCGGUCCCAUGACAGUGGCCAUGCUAAUGAAGAAUACAGUUAUUGCUGCAAAAAAAGUGCUGAGGUCCGAAGAGCGGGAAGUGCUGAAGUCUAAAGAGCUUGGAGUAGCCACCAAUUAACUGUCUGUCUGCCGUGCCAUGAACAGUACUUCAAGCCAGCCAGGAAGCAAAGCAGGCCAAUAGAAAUGCAAGACUUUUAUUUAUUCUGCUGAAAUGGUUUUAAAUAUGCUUCGUAUUUAUUGAACGCUUAAGUGGGUGGUUGUGUGUGCACAUGGCUUUUCGGGAUUCACCAGGAGCACUCCGGGCUCAUGCUGGGUCAUGUGAUCCAGCAGAGAGAAGCCAUUAACUUACUGAUUAACAUGGGAGACACUGUCACAUUGAGAAUGGAUGCAUAACUUCAUCAAGCCACUUAAGUUAAAAAUUUGCCUUUUCUAGAAUUGCAUUUCCCAAGUGCUAUUCCAAUAAGAGUUGAUACUCAUUUUAGGUUCUGAGCCUUAUGAGAUCAGCUGGUCAAACCAAAGGAAAAAUGUUGCUAGAGAAAACCAGGAAAAAGGUGAAAAGGAAGAAAUGGUGGUAAUUACGUAGAGGAAGAAAACUAACUUCUGUACAUACUGAUUGGUAACCAAGUUUAUCUGAAAAGAACGGAAUUGGCUGAGGAAAAAGGAAAAACUACAUGUUACUGGUUGUCUUUUUGUGGCUUAGUCAUUGGGGAAAUGUUCAGGGUCGUUCCAUUUGCUGCUGCUCCCAUUUUGUGUAUGUUACCUUUCAGUGAGUUCUCCCCAUUUUAGUUUUCUAGGAUUGAAAGGCUUGUUUUGUAAAUUAUUUGUGUGUAUUGUCGUAUUUGGCUUUUGCUACAUCCUUAAACUUCAUUGUUUAGUUUUUGUAUUGUUAGGGGUGUCUGUGUGGUUUCUUCGGCAUACCUGGAAACCUAUUUUUGAAAAACAAAACUUGGGCUUGAUAAUCAUUAGGGCAGCUUGUAUAAUAAGUGUGCAACUUAUUUUUCCACCAAAGAAUUGUCAGCAGCUGCCUGCUUUUUUCUUUUCGUGUACCCUGUUGGCUUUCCUGAAAGAUUUUUAAGAGCGUGAGUUAAUAUUGAAUUUAAUUAGACUUUCUGAUAAAGGGUUGUUUUUUGGUUUUGUUUUUUAAAUAAAACAUAUCUGUCUGGUGUGAAAUGA